AUGACGUCAUACUUCCGACUGCUGACGCGCGGUGUAUGCGCCACCUUUUUAUUCCAUGGCUACAAGGUACAGACAAGGAGUCUUUCCAGAAGUCAAACGCUCGGCUCCGCGGCUAAAGGCAGUCGCCAGAGCUUGAAGUCGCGUGACCCAGAAGUGCCUCCCGCCAACAUCGAUCUCUCGUUGCCGUCGCAUUUAGACACGGCGAAGUCACCCCCGCCAUCGUCACGCAAGCACGCGGUCGUCUGCGCCUGCUGCAGCGUCGCCCUGGUGGUCGUCGCCGCCAUGGCGGUGUCGUCCGCCUGGUUCGGGCACAAGGCCUGGAUCGCGCACGCGCACUGCCGCACCAAGGAAUGCGCGCGCGUCAACGCCAUGCUGAUGGAGGCUCGAAACGCGAGCGUUCCGCCGUGCAUCAACUUCUACCAGCACGUGUGCGGCCGCUGGUCGCUCAACCACAGCGGCUACUCGGUCUACGACAGGCACGCCAACGAGUUCCUCAACAAACUCAGCCGACACCCUGAUAAAGGAGUCAUCGGAAAGAAAACUGUGGUGGGCAAUCAGGAAAGCCCGACCGAGAAGGUGGCGCGCUUCUACCAGAGUUGCGUCGCCAUCGUGGUGGAAGGGCGGGACCGGACUGCUGAGUACCACAAGGCCUUCGAGAGGGCGGGCGUUCUCUGGCCCCGAAUGGGGACGGGCGGCGACGCCUACAUGGUUGAAGCCAAGAUCCACGCCUACUUUCACUUGAGCUCGAUGCUCCAAAUUCGCAGGGUCAAGGACUAUGGUGGCGAGGUGUACCUCCGCAUUUCGCCGGCCAACGCCCAAGCCGUUUGGCGGCGGAACUUGCCCCUGCUCUUCCGACACAGCUCCGGCGACACAAGCACUUACCGCGACUACUACGACAGCGCGUGCCGGGCCUACGCCGCCGGGAUGGCCGGAGUCGUUGGUUUCGACACCUUCUUCGACAUCGAGAAGCAGGUGUAUGAGAAAACACAUUUCGACCAGAGCGAAGACCGCAAGAACCUGACCAGCCUGACCAGCCUGGCCGAACUGAGUGACGUGAUGAGGAACGAUAGCGCGCAGCAGCUGACCAACUUUGUAAAUGCGACCUACGAUAUACCCGUCGAAACUAGCGUCACCGUGAAGGGACCAGAGUAUUUGAAGCGCUUCGGGGAACUCGUCAGCGAACUUGGCGACGACAAGGUGAUCUUGUACCUCGGCUGGCUGCUCCUGCAGCUGGUGUGGCGCGUGCUGGACCGACGCACGAACACGCUGUGGCACCAACACUUCGGUUCGAGAGUGUCCUCGCACAUCCUGAGGCAGCAAGAGGUCGACUGCCUGGAGCUCACCGAGCAGAUGCUCGGGUGGGCGCUCUUCUACCGCUUCACGUACGAAAACAGCGGCGAGAACACCACCGAAAUGGUGGAACAAAUGGCCGAGAAUAUCGGCCGGGCCUUCAAGCAGCAGCUCUCCUUCAACCUGAUAUUCAAUGAAUUGCAUAUGGCCGAAGAGAACAUCACGGAGCUCCUGUUCUACCGCAAACGCUUCACCGAGGCCAAUCUGCGCCAGCGGCUGGACCAAAUGGGCCACAUGACCGACUCGGCGGUGGAGAAUUGGCGCAUCGUGGCCAAGGCCAGGCUCAUGAUGUCCGAGGAAGACUGGAGCGACAUGGCCACACACUACGUGUGGUGGCUACGCACCAAGCAUAUCUACACGCUGUACAGCGCUAUACGAAAGACCCUGCGAGGCCCGCCGCUGUACGGAGAGCUGCCCCUGUUCGGCGAGCAGUCGACCGAGGCCGCCAACUACGGUGCGCUGGGCACGGUCAUCGGAGAGGCCGCCGUGCGGAUGAUCGAACGAAAGUUUGUGGAUGCGAACAAGACGGACCUGGCGGAUCGCAUGGACUGCGUCUACGCGGAAAAUCCAGAGAUUCCACGCUCGGCGAAGCAGCCCGUCUACCAGUCGUCCGCUGUCGACAUCGUGUACGACGCGUUCAAGGAAGUGGCGUCCAAGCGAAAGCAUCAGGAUCUCAAGAAUUUCGAUAGCGACGAGACAUUCUUCCAGGUUCCGAGCAAACGUGGAAUAGAGGAACGUAACACAAAUGUACGACUGACCGGUGCCAUGCGUCGCAGCAGUGGCGUCGAGGACAACAAGGAUCUCAACCACUUCCGGACCCGCAAAGCCAUCAGUAUGAUGUGCUACCUGAUGUGCGAGGGCAGCUUGAAGGACGCCAAGGUGUCGGAGUUGAGCUGCAACCAAGCGGUCAAGGACAGCGACAACUUCGGCAAGGUUUUCGGUUGCCCGGUCGGGUCACCCAUGAACCCGACAUCCAAGUGUCGGUUGUUCUACUGA